AUGCUGCGGAGUUCUCUUCAAAAAAUCCUCGACGGCAAGUGCCUCGAGGAGUUCGCGGAGAAGUGCCAAAAGGACCCUCAGGGGGACUUCUGUCGCCCCGCAGUGGCCCGCCAGGUGGAGGUGGCCCCGGGGGCCCCCGGGGUUUUGGGGGGGGCCCUCGAGGGGGAGCCCAGGGGGGCCUCCGGGGGCCCCCAGUGGCGCUGCUAUGCAGCAGCAAGUCUCAACUUUGCUGCUGUUUCCACGGAGUGCACAGACGACUGCGGGGAGCCCAUGAACUGCUUAGGGGCCUCAAAUUCCCAAAGCAAAUUCUUUCUUGAAGUUCCUGAUUUGCAAGUUCUUCUUGAAAAUUACCAGCCGGCCACUUGCAUUAUGGCGGUGGUGCUUGCAGUGACUCUGCAGGAACAACUGAACACCAAGUGCCACGCCCUCAGCAACCGCCUCUGCCAGGAGGGCAAUACUAUUCUGUGUCAAAACCCCGCAGUCUACGCGCGGCGCUUCCCCUCGAGCAGCGGCCGCCUCGGAGUCUGGCGCUGCUACGCAGGGGCCACCAUGGACCUCAAUGCCCACAGCCUGGCUUGCGUCACCAACUGCGGGGACCCCAUGAACUGCCCGGGAAUGCUCACCCACGUCUCUCCGAUUUACUUCAGCAGCGACUCCGACAUGGUGGCAAUCAUCGACCACGACAAGGUCAGGUUCUGCGGAAACUCGCGCUCCCGGCUGUCCACCACCGCGGCGGCCAGCGGCCUGCAGACGCUGCUGGACGCGGAGUGCCUGAAGCUGCACGCGAAAUCGUGCAUGGAAGGGCAACAGCAGUUCUGCCAGCCCGCCGUGUCGCGUUUCAAAAACGACGGGGCCUCGGGGAAGUCCUUCAGCUGCUACAAAACCAACGACCUCAACUACGCCACCACUGACAACAGCUGUGUGGACAACUGCGGCAACCCAGUCGCAUGCGCUGGCGCCGUUGGCUACGCCAGCGUUUACGGCGAAGAGCAAACGAAGCUCCGCCAGGUUGUAGAAACCAUGGCGGACGCUAUGUGCAGCAUCAGCGUAGGACUUUUGGUCGCUAAAAUUCGCAGGAGUCGAUUCCCAUGA